GGGAUCAGUUGUUGUUGUGUACGGGCCUGUUUCUUUUGGAAAAGCAAAUUGAUAUGUCUUUGAAAUGUUGAAAGAGUGAAUAUGAUGCAUAUUAAGUAUACAAGCCGAGAGGGAUUUUACACAUGGAAUGAGUUGUGUUGCCUAUCAAGGGCCCUUGGGUUUCAAGCAAAUACCCUUAACAGCUGCAUUCCUGAUGAGGCUCUGCAGAAUGAUGAAGGAAUAGUACACAAGGAGAUCUUGAAGCUUAUUAACUUGAAGUACUUCAAUGAUGCAUUGGACAGGACAUUCAACAUGCACACUGCUGAUUAUAACAUCAAUGUCUUGAAGAAAAGCCUCAAAAUAUUGAAUCAUCGUUUGCUCAGCUUUUCAGAGUUGAAUGAUGUGCGGAUUGCUUUCCAGGUUUAUGAGGCAGCGGACAUGAAGGGAAUGGUAAUGGAUCAGCACACCCUCAUGCGCACACUAAAGUUGUGUAACAGAAUAGUUGCUCCGCUGAAGCUAAUGCAUCGAAUAAAACAUCUGCAAGAAUUCUUUGAUGAACCAGAUAGGAUUCAAUUUUAUGAGUUCCUUGAUUUACUGGUUUUAUGUCAACUGAUCCCAGAGGUACAGAUUGCUCACCAGAAAGAUGGAUCCCUUGACAAGAGCCGAGAGCUCUAUGAGCUAGAUGACUUUGAGAAAGUUUGUACAACCUUAGAUGAGAAGAUUGAAGAUCAUUUGAACUCUAUGUUUAUGCGUACUGAAAGGGAUUAUGGGAAGGAGCAUCUCGGAGAUAAACGAAUUCCAAAGGAAACUGCAGUUGAUACAAGUGACAGAAAGAAACGGGUUCGUCAUCAUGAUGCUUGCUACAAAGAACUCCAGAACCACUUGGAUAAUUCCACUCGACGUCUUCUACGGACCAAGGCUGGUCAUGUCCGAGAACGUCCAGUUUCUGCACCAUCAGUGGAACCGAUCAUAGGUGAAUUUGGCAGUAGUGUCCAAAAACGACCAUAUACUGUAGAUCAGAUUGUUCGAAAUACAUUCUCCAGAUCGGGUGUCUGUCUUCGUCUGCGACCUUUCUCUGCUCCAGUAAUGUCCCAGAAGAUCCGCCGGGAACCAGUUGCACCACCAGUUAAAGAAAAGACUAUGUCCACUUUGACCAGUAGACGUCCUGACCCAAGAGCCACAUUGUUCGAGACUUACCUUGAACGCUGUCAAAGUCGCAAAGGUGUUACUAAUCAUUCUAAGCCACAUGCGGGCAUCGACCAACAAAGGGACCACCAUAUGGUUGUUCAUCUGAGGAAACGGACCCCAGAUAAUAGAAAGAUUCAAGCACCGAAUCUUGUUACCGAGGAAACUGUGGAGGAGAGACAGAAUGUGUUGGACAACCUCCAGUACGAAAUCGAGACAUUGGAGGAACGUACAAUUAAACAACUUUAUACUGGAUUGAAUAAAAUCUACCCAACUUACAAGGAGAGAAGACUACUGGAAAAGAGCAAGAUAAAACCGAAGCAAGAAACAAAAAAGGUAAAAAAGAAAUCCAAGAAAAUAGAUCCGGAAACAUUGCAACGCUUGUCAAGACCUGAGCCGCGUGCAUUCCUUGCUGUCCAUGACAGUACCUGUGAUGCCAGGCUGGUUGUUGCCGGGCUUAAACAAAAGAACCGCCCAAGAAAGAACCACCGAUUGACCCUUGAAGGCCAGACCAGUACAGGAAACCUUGACCGCCUGCCCAAGACAUUAAGAACUGAUGGAGGGAGCAUAAGCAGUGCUGACGAAACCAGUACAAAAACAUUUGAUACCUCCCGUCACUCUUUGUUCACUCACAAUCUCAGAAAUUCGCAUGUACAUUUGCGAGAUUAUGAUCGUGAAAAGUAUAAAUCAGUCCGUGUGGGAGCAGCAGCCGUCCUGUAUGAUUAUUUCUACGGUGACAAUGUUGGUACACGACCUCAAACUGCUGAGAAUAAUGGAAAUAAUAUUAAAGAUGAUGAAGGUUUAAACAGCACAAAAAGAGAGAAAAGUGAAACAGAAACUAUGAGUAGCAGAAAUUAUUGUAGGGUGCCUUCAGCAGGCAGGUUACACACACCAUUGAAUAUUAAUCAAUUAGUAGGGGAUAAUUACCUAUCUCAAGAUCCAUGUAAUGGUCAGCAUGAACAAGCACGCAAUACAAGACGAUUGAUGGUAAAAGAUGAGGAUGAGUUGAAAAUUAAUGGUGUUCUCUUAAGUGAGAUUGACAAAUUGACAAUUAAAAAAGAUGUGGAAAAAAUUACAUUUGCUCAUAAAUGGUCACUUCCAGCAUUGACACAUGUCAAUCAAAGUCAAUCAUCUUGAUGUCUUUGUUCAGUAUUUAGUUUAAUCAUUCCUCCAUGGUUUAAUGCACAAAAAGGACAUUCCUUCACAAACUUUACUGUUUUCAUAGGCACCUUAUAGGCAACACAAGUAUUAGAGGCCUCACUUUUUCACUCACUUGUUAACCUAAAGAUUACAUAUGUCUUCGGUGAAAUCCCAAAAGUAUAAGUUAUCUACAGUACUUUUAUUUAGACACAGAUUGAAAUAAUUUUUUUUUUUCUGAAUUACAGAAGUUUUACGGUAUUACAAAAAUAUUUAAAUUGACUACCUGCCAAGUUGAGGAUCAUUAAUAGGAGCGGUAUUAAGCAUUUUAAAAUUUCUGAUGAAAAUAAUUUAUCAAUUGAAACUUAAUAACAUACAUUAAAUUAUAUGUUUUAGCUCAGUAUAAGCAAUGUAUUUUGUAUAUGUUUAAUAUAAAUUCAUGGACACUCCAAAAUGACUCAUUAAUGCCAUAUUGAUUUAAUUUUUUAUUCUUUAAUUUGACAUAUUGAAUCAGUAUGGCAUACCUGAUCCUCGAAAAUAUUGAAUCAAUAUCCAUGAUAUAUUCAGUUUUUAUAUACAUGCUAACCAUCCAUUCUACAGUAUGUGUGAUACUAUCAUCCUUGUAUCAAUUUAUAGAUAUAUUUUGAUAAUGAAUAAUGUACACCUGAAAAACUAGUGUAAACAUUCACACAUUCCGUACAUUCAUAAUUGAAUUCAGAGAAUUGAGUGUUUAUUUCAAUUUCUGUUUAUAACUUUGUCUUUUUUCUUGGUAUUUUUAUUCUUUAAUUUGACAAUUGAAUCAGUAUGGCAUACCUGAUGCUUGAAAGUAUUGAAUCAAUAUCCAUGGCCCUUUUUUGCACCCAAGUGUGCUUCAUCCACUCAAAACAAAUCAGGGGUUUCAGCAAGGACUGUAUAUUACUGCCAUUUUCACUGUUUAACCACUCCAUCCAUCAUGCGACGGUUUCAUGCGAUGGCUCUUAGGAAGCAAAGGCUGUGAGUUCGAAUUGCAGCAUGUAUUCAAUUUUUAAUUGUGUAAAAAUUAUUUAAUUUAAUUAUUUAAAAAUUCUCUCUUAUUAUGAGGAGCUCUAAAAGUACUUGGCCGAUUGAUGCCGCGGUCGGUUAACAAUGUUGUGAGUUCGAAUAGUCUCGAUAUUUAAUUAAAAUUUUUUUUUUUCAAUUUUAAGACAUUUGAUUUUUUUGUUUUUAUUUUAAGACAUUUUAAUUUUGUACAAGUGAAAAUUCUAAUUAUUUAAAAGUUCCUAUCAUGUUUUU